AUGAAAUUGUUCAACACACAAAACUAUUCUGUAGCUUUAUUAGCCUUUUUCAAUGUGUCAGAGGCUAUGAGGUUAGAUGAUCAAGUUCAAUUAAAUUUGAACUUACCCCUGAGGCCGACUAUGAAAGACGGUGCUAUAGUUGCGAGAAGCGUGGUUCAGCGUGAGUCGUUGGCAAAUAUUAAUACCCUUGAGCGGGUCUUCAAAGAUAACGAAACGUUGUAUGUUCCGGUAUCAUCGAUGGAGUAUUAUGCCGACUGCGAUAACGACGGAACCCUUUAUUGGCUUGUGGUGGAUAUCGGAUCCACCUAUCGUAAUAUCGAUAGUGGAUCAGCCUUCUCAUUUACAAUCAGGGCUGGUGAUCAUCCUUUGAAUGAUCACGUCAAUCCAAAAUAUCCUGGAGGCAUUCCUAGCUCUCCAGCUGGAUCUCCGAGAGUGAAUCUUAAGGGCCACUUGAAGAAUGUAACAUUCGCGAACCCAGUUGAUCGUAUCGCAUUAGAAAAGUGUUUCUUAUCAAGGCAUCCUGAUGCAAAAUGGUGGUUACCUUCGAAUCCUGCUUCACCACACAAGACUCACUGGUUAAAAUUUGAAGUGGAGGACAUUUACAUUAUAGGCGGUUUUGGCGAUAGGGCAUAUAUCGGUCCAGUUGACGCUGACUUGUAUUAUGACGCAAAGCCUGUGGCUUGA